GUGAAGGCCAGGCCACCUCUGGUGUCAGCUGUGGUUCUCUCCCUCCUGGCUCUCUCUCUCCUCCCCACCGAGGUCUCCUGCCUCCCUCAGCCUCUGCCGAGAGUCUUCCUCACAUUCGAAGACCUGCAGGCCUCUCAGUCCUUUGAACACUACAGCAUAUCGGACAAGGCCAUGGACUACCGGAUCCUGCAGAUGGACGAGGACCAGGACAGGAUGUACGUGGGCUGUAAGGACCACGUCCUCUCCAUGGACAUCAACAACAUCACCCAUGGCUACCUUAAGGUGUUCUGGCCGGCGUCCACCAGCAAGAUAGAGGAGUGUCAAAUGGCAGGAAAAGACCCAACGCACGGCUGUGGGAACUUCAUCCGAGUGGUGCAACCUUACAACAGAACCCAUCUGUUCAUGUGCGGCAGCGGAGCAUACAGUCCCGUCUGCGUUUACAUCAACAGGGGACGGAGACCUGAGGAACAAGUCUUUCACAUCGACUCCAGGACCGAAUCUGGAAAAGGGAGAUGCUCCUUCAACCCUCAAGUGAACACGGUCUCCGUCAUGCUCAACCAGGAGCUGUUCUCAGGCAUGUACAUUGACUUCAUGGGGACAGAUGCUGCCAUCUUCAGGAGCCUGACCAGGCGCAAUGCAGUGCGGACAGACCAGCACAACUCCAAGUGGCUUAGUGAGCCCAUCUUCAUCGACGCCCACCUGAUCCCGGACGGAACCGACCCCAACGACGCCAAAUUGUACUUCUUCUUCCGCGAGAGGCUGACGGACAAUAACGGAAACACCAAGAACAUCCACACGAUGGUGGCCAGAGUGUGUCCGAGCGACAUCGGAGGACAGCGGAGUCUGGUGAACAAAUGGACGACAUUCCUCAAGGCCCGGAUGGUGUGUUCGGUCCUGGAGGAGGACGGCACCGAAACCCACUUCGAUGAGCUCGAGAACGUGUUUUUGCUGGAAAGUGAUCAGCCCAAGAGCCUGCUGGUGUUCGGGGUCUUCACGUCCACGAGCUCGGUGUUCAAAGGCUCGGCAGUGUGUGUGUACAACAUGGCUGACAUCCUCACCGUCUUCAACGGGCCCUUCGCCCACAGAGAGGGGCCCAACUUCCAGUGGGUGGCGUUCCAGGGACGCAUCCCUUACCCCCGGCCUGGAACUUGCCCUGGUGGAGCUUUCACACCCGACAUUCACACAACCAAGGAGUUCCCGGACGACGUGGUGACCUUCGUGCGAAACCAUCCAGUUAUGUUCAACGCCAUCUACCCGGUGGGGAGGAGACCCCUGGUGGUUCGCACCAACGCUGACUACAAAUACACGUCAGUGGCUGUGGACCAGGUUAUGGCUGCCGACGGCAACUACCACGUGCUCUUCCUGGGCACAGACAAAGGGACGGUACAGAAGGUGAUCGUGCUGCCCAGCAACCAAUCCCUGCAUGAAGACCUGAUCCUGGAGGAGCUGGAAGUGUUUAAGAACCAAGCUCCUGUGACCAACUUGAGAAUCUCCUCUAAGAAACAACAGCUGUACGUCAGCUCGGAGUUCGGGGUCUCCCAGGUCUCCCUGCACCGGUGUCCCGCUUACGGCUCGGCCUGCGCUGACUGCUGCCUCGCCAGAGAUCCCUACUGCGCCUGGGACGGACUCAGCUGCUCACGCUUCUAUCCCACCAGCAAAAGGAGGAGCAGAAGACAGGACAUUAUUCAUGGAAAUCCACUCACUCAGUGCAGAGGAUUCAAUCUGAAAGCCUACAGAAACGCAGUGGAGCUGACGCAAUACGGCGUGAAGAACAACACCACCUUCCUCGAGUGUCUCCCCAAGUCUCCCCAGGCCUCGAUCCGGUGGCUCAUUCAGAGGGACAACGACCGGAGGAAAGAGGUGAAGCUGAGCGACCGCGUCCUCUCCACGGAUCACGGCCUCCUGAUCCGCUCCAUCCAGCUGUCGGACCAGGGGCUCUACUUCUGCCUGACCACCGAGAACGGCUUCAAACGCACGGUCGCUAAGAUUCGCCUGCGCGUGCUGAGCGAGGCCAUGGUGAGCGUUCUGACGGACAAGCAGCAGUCCCCGUGGGCGUGGGCCACCGCCCUGCACCCCAAGGUCCUGCUGUCGGCCUUCAGUCCUGCAGAGAGCCUGGCUGUGCAGCAGUACUGCAAAGAGAGGAGGGAGCUCCAGAGCCUGCAGCAGAGGCAGCAGCAGCAGCAGCAGCAGCCACAGCCGCCCGGGCCUCUCAGGGGGGACCUGGCCAAACUGAAGCCCCUGCUGGACCGCAGGAAGAGCCGCAACCGGCGGAACCACUACCCGGACGUCUGA